AUGUUGUUACAGAAUAUCACAGGAAUGGACCCCUUUAAUAAAGCACAAACAGAGCAACUUAUUCUCAAAUUGGCAGAAAUUAGGGAAAAUGUUCUAAAAAAAUGUGAUACGCCCACUUCAACAGAAGAAACAUUUUUAAAUGAAAGUAUAACGAAUGUACAUACAUACUUAAAUAUACUUUCCGAGAGGGAUGUAAUUGAAUAUGACAAAGACACUUUGGGAAUUAUUCAGCGAUUGAAGCAAAAUCUCAAAUUUUUAUCGGAAAACAGACACGCUAAAUCAGACUUUGAUUUCAAGAUGAUGGUGAACAAAUUAACAGAAACCCUGAAUACUAUUCUAAAGAAAAGAAUAAAAUCUGAUGAAAGAACUUCAGAUACAGACGCGGAAGAAAGAAUUCCAGAGCUUGACGAAGACAAUAAUUCAGAUAUUUUCAAGUCAACAGAUUUAGCAAAACCAGUUAUGCAACAAAGAGUCAACGGCAGAACACCAGACAUUAUUGAGUCAACAUUGAUCCCCCAGCCAAAAACUGAAGAUAAACGUGCAGAGAUUACAGGAACUUUCUACGAUAUUGGAUGCGGAAUACAAAUUUAUUCAACAACGGAUGUCUCCAGCAUAUUUCAAGCAAAACGAUGGAGAUCUGACGAUUUUCAACGUUUUUACAAACCAGAUGCUGCGUUAACCAACUACAAAUUUGAGACAGAUUUUUUCCAUAUUGAGCCAAAAGAUCCAAAAGCUAGUCGGAGUUUUCCGAAGGAUAGUUCUGGAAUGAUUACUGUGAGAGUUAAGCUUCCAAACGAGAUAAAUUAUCAGUUUCUGCAUUUGAAGGCCUACAUUAAAUUUGGACCAAAGUGGAGUUUAGUUGAGGCUUCGUUAAAGGUAUAUAAUAUUUCUCUAUGUAAUAGCGUGUAG